GAGAGACUGCCCGCAUAGGCAGAUUGGGAGAGGCUGGCAAGGCCAAGGUCGGGGGAGCUACGGAUCAGGAAGCUAUGGACAAGCUGCUUACAACCAGCCUAGAAGGAAUGAUGAUGAAGAUUGGAUGAACAGGCUGCUAUCGUUCGUUGAAAGCCAGCAACUAGAGGCAGCGGAGAAGAAGAGGGUUGAACACGAGAAAAAGAGGCAGGAAGAAGAGAAGCAGAGGGUAGAAGAAGCUAAGCAGAGAGAGGAAGCAGAAAAACAGCGGGUGCAGGCAAUUAUGGAAGCAACAGCGGCGCAAGGGUUCACUAAGGAAAUGGCAGCCCUAGAAGAGAAGAUCAAGGAACACGUGAACACGAAGAUUACAGUGUCGGAGGAGAAGAAUGCAAGGUUGCAAGACAGCUUAUUGCGGUUCCUGGAGCGAACGGAUGGAGAUGGGCAAAGGAGGACCAGGACUGAACCAUGCCCAAAUCCGAAAAGAAGGUUAGAUUUAGAUGGUUUUGAGCGGGAGGCUGAUGCUGUAGAAAGAAGUGCAGCUACACCAGUACCAAGAAGAGAACGGCGUUCACGAGGAAAGGGAAAGAGUCGGCUGCCGGAGUUCAAGACCAAGACUACAAGAAGGGCCCUGAAGGAGAAGUUAGCCGCGGUGAUCAAGAAGAAGACGGGAGUCAAUAUAAGAUUGAAGGUUAGUGUGGGAGUGACGUAUAGCCACAAGCUGAAAAAGAGGACGAUCCACGACAUGGUAGUCUUAUGUGUGGAGAAGAGCAAAAUUCACCCUGUUUUGAAAUCAGUGCUGCGACGCAGGGUGAGAGUGGUGUGGAGAAAGAACAAGACGGUGGAGCAGACCUUGACUAACCACCGGAAGACAGCGAGGGAGGAGACGGGGAUGUGUACCUGCAGCGAGGACCGACUACCAAGUAUGGAAGGGCAUGCGCUGACGCGGAUUGUGCAGUGCCCAGAGGCUCCGACGUUUCUGCACAAUGGGAAGAACAUACUGCAAAGCGAUGCAGGUGUAAAAUCGUUGGAAGUGCAGCGGGCUGUAGGACGGUCGUUGGGAAUGGUUAUGAGAAGGGAGCUGUACCAGGUGGCUGGUGCAGACUGUUUCCGGGAAAUAAUUUCCGACCGUAUAGAAACGAGGCCAGCGUGCUCGGAGGAAAGAGCACGGGAGCUGGCGGUGAAGUGGAACCACCUGGUGGUGGUCCCGGUGGAUAGAAACCCUAGGGACCUAGUGAUCAUGUGUCCGGCGACUUACCACCACGGCCUUCAGAUGAUGUUCAACCUCAAUGUCGCCUACCGCCAAGUUUUGGGACAGUCCGAGAAAAAGGUGCUUUCGGUACUAAGAGCAGAGUUCAAGAAGGUUGAUCUCGACAAGUUAGGAGCGUGGAACCCAGCGGCUAAGCUUGGCCAAGCAUAUGUCUUGCCGAAACAUAAGGACCUGACGAGGUGGAAGCCUAUUGCACCGGCAAAUACGGAAGGCUCCAAGACUGCAGGGAGGAGGCUAGCGCGGGCGCUUAACUUCUUGCUCGAGAAAGUCCCAGGAGCCAAGCACUUUAACCUGAAGGCCACGGCGUUGCUGAAGCAGAACUUGGAGGUAGCUGGGAGAAGACUUAGUGUCUACGGGGAGAAGUCGAUGGCGCUGAUAGCUAGCUUCGACAUCCAGGAGAUGUUCACGUCGCUACCUCAUCAAGAGAUUGCCCAAGUUGUUGAUUGGCUGCUGCAGCAGUGGGAGAUGAGGGGAGUGUGCAGGCUGAGCCUGAGUAAAAGAGGCCGUGAGGUAGCCCUUAGCCGGAAGAGCCCGGGGCCAGGUUACGUAAUGGUCAAGUUCUCCCAAAUCCGGCAGAUGGUCAGCUAUGAAUUGGAGAAUACAUACAUUCUGUGCAGAAAAAUGAUUCUCAAGCAGGUGGUGGGAAUACCCAUGGGGAAGAAUUCCAGCCCAUCACUAGCGUGUGUGCUGUGUGCGAAGCAAGAGGUCGAUUUCUUAAGCUCGCUGGGAGCGGAUCAGAGGAUAGUACAUGGAGUCAGGCUCGUAGACGAUGUCACAGUGGCAAUUGCCUGUGAUAUGGAUGACUGUCGGAGUAUAGCAGCAGCGAAAAGCAUUUGCCAUAAUUUUGGAAGAGCUUAUGGGGAACAACUUGAGCUGGUGAGGACAAAUGAUGGCACCAACUCUUGGGACUUUUUGGGGACCAGGGUUGCGGCACUACCAGGUCCGAUCACGUUUGCAAUCCGACCUAAACAAAAGAAUGAGGGAGCGUCGGUAGAUGAUCCCCUCGCCUUCAGAUGUUUCCAAGACUUUGACUCGUACUCGGAGAAGCGAGCGAAGGCAGGCACGGUAAUUGCAGUGCUCCACAAAAUCAAGCAGCAUGCGAGCGACCCAUCAACGGGGGUCCAUACGACACUAUCUGUCAGCAUAGAGCUCGGGCGCCGGGGAUACCCCCCGGCGCUCUUCUCCAAUGCUCUGGCGGCUUUUGCCAGAGCCACCGGCCAGUUCGGGGCAGCGUUGAAGACGCUGACUGAACAGCCGGUUAAGCUUUUGAAGGGAAGAAUCGCAAGAGGAGAGGCAGGGAGUAGCGAGAGGCAGGGAUAGGGAAACCUUAGAGGGGAAAUGUAGGGCAGUAGUAGUAGACAGCGGCGUCCCGGUCCCGACUUAGGACCGGGUUGUACACUAGUUACGUGCGAGGGUCAAGAGCAGAACGGAGAUGAGAGGGGUAGUCCCCGGUCCCGAGCGCUGGGAACCGGGCUGUAUGCUAAGUUUGCAUGGGAAGGUUCGGGGGCUGUCAGAGGUAGGGGGCGGGGGAGUGGUGCAGCAGAGUCGGGGAGAAAACGGGGUAACAAGGAAGACACGGGGGAGGGAUAGUAGGGUAGGCUAGUAGUAGGCAGCUUGACGUGGAGUAGUUAGGAAAGAGGUCGAAAUCGUCACGGGCCAGCAGGGCCAGAACUGAGUGGCUGGGGGUGAUCCAGAUUCGUUGGUACCUAGAGAAUAAAGCUGACUAGGUGCG